CACUUUUACUCAUUAUGGUCAAAUGUUGUCCACCAACAUAGUAUCAAGAAUAGAUUAAGAUUCUGGUUUAUCCUAGCUAGAAUGCGGAAUCAGAUUUCUCCCACUUCCAUAUGCUUCUUGGGGGAGCCUUGCACGCAGUGAGUUGUAGAAUUGAAUAGAAUCAUCCACUGUAGCCAUGGAUAACAGUAGUGAUGUUCCAGCACGUGUUCAGGGAAAAUAUCUUGCAAUAUUUGUCUGCUGGCUUCUUGGCAAUGGAUGUCUUUUUUCAUGGAACAGCAUGCUGACAAUUGAAGAUUACUACGUUUACUUGUUUCCGAAAUACCAUCCUCCUAGGGUGCUUACUCUUGUGUAUCAACCAUUUGCAGUUGGAACACUUGCAAUACUGGCUUAUAAUGAGGCCAAAAUCAACACAAGAAUCCGAAACCUAUUUGGAUACACUCUCUUUUUCAUAAGCACUUUAUUGGUCUUAAUUUUGGAUUUAGCAACAUCUGGUAAAGGAGGUCUUGGAACUUACAUUGGUAUAUGCGCAAUUAGCGGCGCUUUUGGGGUUGCGGAUGCUCAUGUUCAAGGUGGAAUGGUGGGAGAUUUGUCUUACAUGAGACAAGAAUUCAUUCAGUCUUUCCUUGCUGGUUUGGCAGCAUCUGGUGCAUUAACCUCUGCUUUGAGGCUAAUCACAAAAGCUGCAUUUGAGAAUUCUAAGGAUGGUCUUCGGAAAGGAGCAAUUCUAUUCUUUGCCAUAUCAACAUUCUUUGAGCUUGUUUGUGUUCUUCUCUAUGCCUUUGUUUUCCCCAAAAUACCAAUUGUGAAGUACUACCGUUCAAAAGCAGCAUCUGAAGGAUCCAAAACUGUUUCAGCUGACCUUGCAGCUGGUGGCAUAGAAACAUUAUCUGAAGAAGUUGAGGGAUAUGAAAAACAACCAGAGAGGAAGGGAAUCCAGCAAUUGUUACUAGAAAACAUGGAUUAUGCACUUGACAUGUUCCUAAUAUAUACUCUCACACUAUCCAUCUUCCCUGGGUUCCUAUCAGAAGAUACUGGAUCACACAGCCUAGGCACAUGGUAUGCUCUUGUUUUGAUUGCAAUGUACAAUGUAUGUGAUCUGAUUGGAAGAUACAUUCCACUAGUGAAGAAGUUGAAGUUGGAGUCCAGGAAGUUGAUAACAAUAAUGAUUCUUUGUCGGUUCCUACUUGUUCCAGCAUUUUAUUUCACUGCAAAGUAUGGUGACCAAGGUUGGAUGAUAUUCUUGACAUCCUUCUUGGGCUUGUCCAAUGGUUACCUUACUGUAUGUGUUCUUACAUCUGCACCAAAAGGUUACAAGGGUCCUGAACAAAAUGCAUUGGGGAACUUGUUGGUGUUGUUUCUCCUUGGAGGCAUUUUUGCUGGGGUGACACUUGACUGGCUGUGGUUAAUAGGAAAAGACUGGUGAAAAUCAAUGCAUAAUAAAGUCAUGUGAAUUUUUCUGAUGAAAGGAUUAGUUUCGCC